AUGGAUUGCCAAACUCUGAGCUCCAACGUCGGCGACAUGGACCAGGCAAAAAAGGUGUCCAUUCAUCUGUAUCGUUUGUUAUGCGAAAGACAAGAUAACCUAGUUCAGGACCUCAAAAUAGUGUCGGAAGCUCUUGAUAAGAAAGGAAUAGGCAAGCAUGUGGUACCAGCAGAGCCAUUACCAGACGUCGUAACAGAGGAGGAGCCCCACGAAGCAGAGGAGCCGGCAACCGAAGCAGAGGAGCCGGCAACCGCUUCCCCGAAGAUGUUAAUCGAGCCACCUCCAGAUAAUGUCACAACGACGACGCUCUCACUACCACAGCAGCACAGCUCACCAGCCGGAACAACUCGCAAACUUACUCCAAUGCCACGACAUAUCCAUCCACCACAUCAUACGAAACCGAUUCGCUACGCUCUUUUCGAACCAUCAAACUGGAUCUACGAUGGUUGCCUGACCGACGCCGAGUUCGACGAGAAAUGGGCAGCGAUUCUCGAGGCCUAUCAUCGCUUCCAGCACCAUGUCCCCUCAAAACCAAUUCCCCGAGCGCCUCCACAACCGUCACAACCUCCACCAUCAUCAUCUCCGCCACCGACAGCAACGAGUUGUGCGAGGAGACAUUCAUUCGAUAAAUCAAUCGGCCACUUCGCCAAGAGGACAUUCAAUCGGACAGCGCAUUAUUUUCUUCAGAAAAUCAGAGAUCGGUCUAACCCUGAACAAGCCCUGGAUACUGUACCCGCUGCGAUCUAUCGAAGGCAUGCUAUUGGUCUAUACUGCCAGUUCGAGUCUGUACCUGCAUGA